GUAAUCAAGAGUUCGCCAGAACUAUUAAGCUUCUGUUACAUACCAGUCAAUUCCUAUAUAGUGUGCUUGACAUUAUAUGAGAGCAUUGAUUUUGGUCAACAUGUGAAGGAUGAAAGCUACAACAAGAUUCCUAAAACAAUGACUGAACUGUACAAAAGAGCUAUAAGGAUUUUGCUGUUCAAACACAGUUCAAAAUACAGGAAUGAACAACCCUCAAAGGAUUACUUGACUGCAGAACUUCCACAGCUGCUUCAAGAAGACCUUGACAGGUUGAAAGGAAUUGCAAGGAAUGGAAUGAAAAAAGAUCAGUUAGUUUUUGAGUUUAAAAGCAGCGAUGAAUCUGUGGCUGGCUUAUCAGAUUCUGGUGUAUUCAAUCAGUUGGAAGACAAAAGUCAUCAUAUUUUCUCUUUUCUUCAUCUUACAAUUCAAGAGUUUCUAGCUGCACUACAUGUGGUUGAUGAUAUUCAAAAUAUUGAAUCAUUUUUGGAAAGGCACCUGAACAUUCCCAGGUGGCAUUUGGUGAUUCAGUUUGUAGCUGGGUUACUUGGAGAUAGAAUUAAAGAGUUAAGCUCACCAGAGCAUGAAGACAGUGAACUGAUUGAAAGUAUAUGUAAAAGAUUUCAAAACUGGAUGCCAAAGAAACGAUAUAUUGACUACAGUAAUGACAAAGGUUUACUCGUGAUAAAAAGUGUUUGGGAAAUGCAAGAAGAUCGCGUCAUGAAAAUGAUUUCGUCGUUUACGUCUGAGGAUGAUCAUGAAACAUUUACUUUGAGCUACAUAAAUAUUGCACCAGCAGAAUCUACGGCUUUGUUCAAAUUUUUAAGCCACAUCAAGAACUUGAAAAAGCUUGAAAUCAAUCGUUGUACUGUGACGAACAUUACUAUCCGUGAAUUGGCUGAGUUUUUGAAGAAAGAUAACCAUGACCUGGAGAAUGACAACUGUGAACUUACUGAACUAUAUGUAAGUAACAAUAGUGGUUUAACAACUGAAGGUGUUAAAUAUUUAAGUGAUGCUUUGAAGAAUGACAACUGUAAACUUACUAAACUAGAUGUAAGUCACAAUAGUGGUUUAACAACUGAAGGUGUUAAAUAUUUAAGUGAUGCUUUAAAGAAUGACAACUGUAAACUUACUGAACUAAAUAUGUAA